UCAGCAUCACCAUCAGCAUCACCAUCAGCAUCACCAUCAGCAUCACCAUCAGCAUCACCAUCAGCAUCACCAUCAGCAUCACCAUCAGCAUCACCAUCAGCAUCACCAUCAGCAUCACCAUCAGCAUCACCAUCAGCAUCACCAUCAGCAUCACCAUCAGCAUCACCAUCAGCAUCACCAUCAGCAUCACCAUCAGCAUCACCAUCAGCAUCACCAUCAGCAUCACCAUCAGCAUCACCAUCAGCAUCACCAUCAGCAUCACCAUCAGCAUCACCAUCAGCAUCACCAUCAGCAUCACCAUCAGCAUCACCAUCAGCAUCACCAUCAGCAUCACCAUCAGCAUCACCAUCAGCAUCACCAUCAGCAUCACCAUCAGCAUCACCAUCAGCAUCACCAUCAGCAUCACCAUCAGCAUCACCAUCAGCAUCACCAUCAGCAUCACCAUCAGCAUCACCAUCAGCAUCACCAUCAGCAUCACCAUCAGCAUCACCAUCAGCAUCACCAUCAGCAUCACCAUCAGCAUCACCAUCAGCAUCACCAUCAGCAUCACCAUCAGCAUCACCAUCAGCAUCACCAUCAGCAUCACCAUCAGCAUCACCAUCAGCAUCACCAUCAGCAUCACCAUCAGCAUCACCAUCAGCAUCACCAUCAGCAUCACCAUCAGCAUCACCAUCAGCAUCACCAUCAGCAUCACCAUCAGCAUCACCAUCAGCAUCACCAUCAGCAUCACCAUCAGCAUCACCAUCAGCAUCACCAUCAGCAUCACCAUCAGCAUCACCAUCAGCAUCACCAUCAGCAUCACCAUCAGCAUCAACGGAAUUUAUGGCAGCGGAAAUCAUUCUCUUUAUGUCCAUAAAAAUUGACAACGUACAUAAAGAUGGACCCAAGUAUUCCAAGAUGCUGAGGCAUUCAUUCCCACAAAUCAAGUUUAACAUAGUUUUCACUUUAUUCUCGAAGGAAUACGACUUCUUUAAAUCGCUCAAUAUACACGAGUCUAAACUAACAGUUGUCUCAAGUGCUGUUGGUCAGAAGAUUUCUCGUCACCAUGACAAAUCCGCAGCUGAUAUUACAAGUGACAUGAAUCUGACAAAAUAUAUCGACAUUACUAUUAACGAGUAA